GCUCCCAGAAUGCACCAGCUGGAGGGGAACACCUGUGAGAUCACAUGGGAGACCAUCCAACCAAUGAGAGGAGAUCCUGUGAGCUACGUGCUACAGGUGCUGGUGGGACGCGAGUCAGAAUACAAACAGGUUUUUAAGGGAGAGGAGGGCGUGUUCCAGAUCUCUGGUCUCCAGGGCAACACAGACUAUCGUUUCCGUGUGGGCGCCUGCCGCCGUUGCCAGGAUACGUGCCAGGAACUGUGCGGUCCCCUGAGCCCCUCCUCCUUGUUCACCCUGCGUCGCCAGGAGACGGCGACUUCGGGAGAGCUGUGCCCCGUGGAAACGGGCAAAGGCGCGGCGGGCCUGAUCUCCAGCGACGAGCGCUUCGCGGCGCUCAUCGUGUGCGUGUUCGCCGGCUUCUCCAUCCUCAUCGCCUGCUUGCUACAGUACUUCUUCAUGAAGUGAGGGAAUUUUAACUAUAGGAUAGAAAGAGGACGCAAAAUCACAGAGAAACUCCAAACAAAAGAAGCGAAUGAAAUCAGAAGAAACAUUUGAUUUCUACUUCUAAGGCUAUGUAUGGUCUUUUUUUAGUCAAAUUAUCAAUUCUGGCUUUCCUCACCUUGUUCCUGUCGUCUUCAGCCUUCACUGAGUUUCUCAUUUCUCUCUACGUCUCUGGUGUCUUGUCUGUUUCUGUCGAGGGAAGCCUUGUGUUAGCUGUACCUCGGACGGGAAAGAAAACUGAUAAUCAAGCCUUAAAAUAGCUGUGAGCGAAGCAGUUGCUCCUCAGACUGAAUUGCAUGUUUUUUAUUUUGUAUCUUUUUAAAACAUAUUUGAUUAGAGAACGUGUAUAUUUCAUGACGGUCAUUGCCUUACUUUUUGUUUUUCAAUGUAAUUUGCUUUUUCUUUUUUUUUUUUUUUUUUUGCUGCAGUCUUUUUUCAUUUCAGUCAUAUUCCAAUGUAGGCCUACAAAGCUUUAGCCGUUCAUACUUUAUUAUUCAGUUACUGCGGACUGUCAGUCAACACAUGCAAUUCAUAUCUGCUCAGCUUUUAACAUUCAAUCAUUCACUCAUCCAGCUACCAAAGUGAUGCAAAAAGUGUGGUGUAAGAUGCUGCUAUCCUGUGAUUUUAUUAUAUCUAAGAAAGAAUGGAAAACCAGUAAUCUAAUAUAUAUACACACAAUAUAUAAAUAUAUAUUAUAACAAAUAUCUAUGAUGCUAUAAAAGUGAUGUAAUAUAAGUGAUGGCAAUGUAAGGUCUGAAGGACAGUGUGAAAGGGGAGGAUUCGACCCUAGGUGCUUACAAACAGCUGCUCUGAGGUCAGUUCAGCGGCUGGAAGGAGCGCUUUGAAUGCUGGUCUCGGAUCAGAAAAUGCACCCUUGUAGGUAUUCGAUCGCUGGGCACAAACUGGCUCUAGCGUUAAGGAAGCCGGGCUGGGAUUGUGAUUGGCUAACUCAACAGGAAAUGAGCUGAUCUCAGUCCUUCUUUAUUCUACCAUCUCAACCACCAGAGCUGCGGCCUUUUAAUCUGUAGCUAAUGAGCCCGUCGGACCCAAAGGUGCAAACAGCCUGCCAGUUAGCUGCGCUUCUCAGAGCUCUGUGUGUUAACCAGGAGAGCCGUUAGCUUGAGCUUUACCCCCCCCUGCCCUGAAAUGUCUAGCCAGAGCAGUGCUGAAGCUGUAGUUUCUCCUUCCAGCUAGCCUGUGAAUAAAUACGUUUGAAGACUCUUCCUCCUCUUUUAUCCUCUCCUGCCCAUAAUUAUAUGUAAUGACUUUUUUUUUUUUAGCUCUGGCUGCUCUUUUUCUCUAGCCUUCGAUCCAUUCUUUUCUUUCUGCCGUCUCUCCCUCUUUUUGUUCUCCCUCCCCCUCCCUCUGUUCUUUCUCUACAUAACGGUGCUUUAUUGACAUGUAAUCAGAGCAGUAGCAAGUCAGACGGACAUGUUCUCUGGGGAUUUGAACUAAUGUUCACUAACCAAACAAGCCUUUGACAGAACACAACUCAACAGUGCAGGGCCUUCUGACACACACAACAUCCCCUGACCUCCCGCCUGACACCCUUUAUCCCAUCCCGAAAAACAAAGCCAAGGUACAGCCCAAUACAUACCCUGAUGAUCCAAAGAAGUCACCCUGACCCGCGUGAUUAAUGUGUGACAUGUCUAAUUCUGUCAGGUGGGGUGCAGGGGAAGAAGGACUGGGUGGGAGGGGGUUAUGAAAAA